GGAAGAAGGGAGGGAGAGCGAAGGAGGGAGAGAGGGGGUGGGGAAGCGAGCGAGCUGCGGCGGCGAGCGGUCCGUCUCGCACGCGCGGGCAUCGCGCUGGUCCUGGGCUGCAGGUUUCCCAGAUGAUGGCAUCCGAGAACUUAAACAAAGGGGGCCGCCGCCGGCGCGCAGCGGCUGCGGAAAGUUGCGGUGGCGGAUUUCCAAGGAGCGUAGUGGCCACGACCAGAGCUCUUGUCGAUGCGAGCCCCCGCUUCCCACCCCCGCCGAUCAGAGAUGGGGGCUGGCUGGUGAAGGGAAGAGGAAACUUUGAAACCACUGGGGACACAUCUGUCUAUAGACCUAUUGCGAACGCCCGGAGCCGCCGAGGGAACGCCGAUGUCUGGGCCGGACACUAAGAGUUAAGAUGUGGCGGAGGGGGCGGCGGGGGAGGGGCGGGGAGGGGAAAGUGGCGAAGGGGAGGGAGGCUGGGGGACGACAGAUUUCCAGCUUCUACGACGCUCUGCCUAAAUUAAAAAGCAACCAAUCGGAACGGCCGGAAGGGGGGCCUCGCGUCCCGAGCCAGUCAUUCCCAGCCUGCCAAUCACCCAGCGGGUAGCCAAUCAGCGGGGGCCCUGGUGCUCGACUUCCUUGUAUUUGGGAAAGUGUGGUGGUGGGUGCGCGCUCGCGGCGGAGGGUAAACAUUCGACAGUCCCCGCUCUGAGAGGGAGGGACAGAGAGCGAACUGUCAGAUCGGAGAGCGGGCGCCCGAGAGGGGAGAGAGAGAGGGAGGGAGAGGGAAAGUGAGAGAGGGAAAGAGAGCGCGAACGAGGGCGCAGAGCGAGCUCCUGCUGCAACUCUGCUCCAGCACGGCCAGCGCCAGCGCCCGCCGUCGGUGCACUCUACGAGCCGUGGAACGUGCACACUGGAGUUGUUGUGUAUCAAGGAUCGAUCCCCUAUAUGCACACACACACCUCCACCUCCACCAAUGCACUCUUCUUCCUCCUCCUUCUCCAGACAACUGCUGGGAAAAAAAUAAAACACCAACCCCAACCGUCAGCAACAAGGUAACAGAGCGAUUCGACAUCAUUUUUUUUCCUGUUCAAUUUUUUCCUUGUUAUAUUUGUUUCCUAAUUUCUGCCCAAAAGGAAAGAUGUCGCAUCAGACUGUGACUGUUGCGAGGAGAAUGAAAAAGGACUCUUGUUUCAGAGGCAACCAAAAGCUCCGGCAAUAGCAACUUCAGAGAAAUGCACCAUCGCAAGAAGUUUUCCUAGGACAGAACAAAACUUGAAACCAGAGGACCAGAGGGGGAGAGCAGGAGCCAGCCUCCCCUCUCCGCACUCGCGAGCAGCCUGCAGCACCACGCCUUCAAGGACGAAAAAAGUUUUACUACUCUAAGGGAAAACCAGUGAAAUGUGUUCCUGAGGAGGAGAGGAGAGAGCGGACCAGAGAAGGAGCGGACCGGUUGCUGGUCAUCCGUAAUUUGGCUAAAGAAGAAAGGAGCAGCUUCUUUCUUUGUUGUCUCCCGUGAAACCUUCACUUAGCAGGUGGACGGAGCCCUGCGGCCGGGCAGGGUCCGGGCUCGCCCAAGGACAGGAGGAGGAGGAGCGGGAGCCCGCGCGCCCCGGGAGAGCGCCCCAAGUGCAGGUCCCCGCCCUGCCCGGCGAGCCCCACUGGAGCCAGCCGAGCGCGCCGGGGCUGGGGGGCGUCCACGACCCCCCCUGAAAGGGGUGGCCACGGAGCGCACCUCGAGAAGCGAGCCCCCCUCCCCAGAGCGCUGCUCCUGCGGCUGCUGCUGCUGCUGGUGACCAAGGCCGGCCGGCGACCCCCGCGCCCUGCCGAGCGGCCUUGCAGCUGCAGCCGGGGGC